UAAUUUUUAAACAAUGACAAAAAGUCCAGUAUUGGGAACGGAGUGCUUACUGGAUGACCCGACGCUGGUAGAGGAAUUCAGGCGGUUAAAAAAGCGAGAUUUGACAGAGACGUACCUAUUUCAAAUAGCAUGUGGUUCGUUGGGACCACAAAAAUGCAGUGCCUUUAGGAAGCAUAUCAUGGAUAAAAUGAAAACAUCACCUCGUCCACAGCCGAAACACCUCGACGCUCGAGCUGCAAUGCCGGCAUCAGACCACAGAGGCGCCGCUGAGUUUUACUCGCGUUUACCUGGAGACAAACCUGAGGAACUCCUGGACUGGAUCAGCGACAGGAAGGCGUUCAGAGAAGCUCUAGAACGGAUGGGAGAUCUGCGCAGAUGGCUCCGCAAUAAACCCAUUCUCACCGAUAUGGAGGUCCUCGUUAUGGAGCGAGACAGACAAGCUAAGCGGAUGUCAUCACUCCCCCCAAGAACAAGCAUUGUUCCACCAACAGAUGCUGUCACUUCUCCGCGCGCGCUCAGACGUGAACUUGAAGAAGUGAAGCGCUUUCUGCGCAUGUGCGAGCCCUGCAACCUCUCCAAACUCUUGGACUGGAAUGGGACUGGUAAAUUAAAGCGUGUAGACCUCAGUGCUCUGUUUAAAAAGGAAGGCUUCUCCAUACAUCCUGAGCGGCUGAAUGUGCUGAUGUCCUCUUUGAAUAGUAAGGAUGGAAACUCAGUAACUGUGGAAGUUCUGGCUGCUUCUAUUCAGGCCUGGAGCAGAAAGCAUGAGGAAAACGAAGAACAACAAUCAAGCCCAGGUUAUUGGAAUGCAGACUGUGAGGGAAGGAUUGGGUCAAGACACCAUCUUCCAGUACAUGGAGACGAGAAAGAUGACCAGGAGGUCCUGCAGGACGUGGAGGUGUUAGCGAUCAUGCGGAGAGUGCUGGCAGCCACCAAGACCUCUUGUCCUUCUUCUCUGAGUGGCCCAGUGGGCAGAGAAGUGGAUCGUUUCAGGAGACUUUGUUUCAGUGAAUACCUGAAAUCACUGGAGCAAUGCCAACGACAAGGGCUAAAUGUGAGCCAGGCCACACUACAGAAAGUCCUGUUGCACCCUGGUGACAAAUUUGGAGGUUACUUUGGGACACCCAAAACACAUCGAGUUGAAGGUGGAGCACAUAAGGGCCACAAAAAGAUGAAGAAGCAUCCGGUUUGCUGGGUGGACCCUAAUGCUUUCUGGCCUGGAAGAGAAGAUCAUGUGCGUUUGUUUCUGCCUGUAAUGACAAGCUCUCCUGCAAUGGUUUUAUUUCAGCGUAUCGAACAUACUGUUGUGCCAAGUCCUGGACACUGGCCUGUAAAUCAUUUAGGAUACUCAACCUCUGGAGACAUAGAAGCUCACAAAACGUACAGCCUCUAGAACAUCUUUGACUGUAUUGAAUGUCUGUAGGGAUGUCAAAUGGGAAAUUGUUGUUUUGACUUUCUAAAAAGUAAAUUUCUACCAUUAGAUGGCGGCACGCAAACGCUGAAAUUCUACUGUAGGUGCGCUGCUAUUUUUAGCUACACAGGUUUUUGCUUUUUUUCACUCUCCU